CAUAAGUCUAUUGGUGCGUCAAUACGAUGGCCAUCUCCUUAUUCAUCUUCAUUGGUUGCAUCCCGAUGUCCCUUGUAGAGGAGAGGGCUCGAGCCCGAGCCUCAUUCGGCGCUAGAAAGAUGGCAACAAGCAGGAUGCUCUUACUUUCGGUCGCGCAUCUAUUUCGACGCUGACCACGUCCAGGACCUCCUGAUGAUUGGCUUCAAUUGCCGUGCAUAUUGUUGCUGUUCGCGAUCACUUCAUCAAGUAGUAAAUUCAAAGUUAUCGAAAUUAUUUCGAAUAAAGGACUCAGCUGCGCCACCUAGAAUACAUCCUUGAUCUUUCCAGAAGAAGAUGUUCCCGUCGUCGUCAGCGGCUCUCUCUUCCGACCGGGCCACGGCCCUCUAUGGCCCUUCCGUGAAGCCGGACCUUGCCAAGAACCACGGUUGCCUCGUAGCGAGCGAGCCAUGCAGCAAGGUCGGCAAAAUCCUUUUCAGCGACCGCGCCCUGCUCGACCCGUCUUACUACGCCGAUUUUCGGUACACGGACAACGUGUUAAAAGGCCCGUUUCUGGAAAACAUCGCACUAAAGAACGUUCGGGCGAUACACACGGAAACCCUGCUGGAAACGGUCUGCAGGGUUGUGUUCGAGUAUCUGCGGUUUUGUGUUUCUGUUCGCCACGACGUGAAGUAUUUCCAUUGAACCAGAAAGCAGCAGGCGAAAAAAGAACAGCAACAGGCGCCACGGGAAGGCCUCGACGGCCCGUCGGGAAGCCGCCGGCCCGUCCUCAGACACGGUGGGAUUCUCGAUUUUUUCCGGUUGGGAGGGGCCCCCAACCGGAGAAAAUGGAGCGCCCCACCGUGUCUGAGGACAAACCGGCGGCUUCCUGGCGGGCCGCGAGGCCUUCCCGGCCGGUGCGCCUGCACGUAGCUGUAUGGCCUGCCACAUAGCGGCCCCUUCCCCUUGUCCCUUUCCUUGAGCCUUUCCUUCGGAUUUUGGUAGAUUUUCGGCAAAUUUUUGGGAGCUUUCAAAAACGCAGAGUGAUACGCACUCCGCCUUUUUUUUGACACGCAAAGUGACACGCAGAGUGACACGCACACUGAUACGCACUCGUCAAACACGACCUGUUUCUCGUUUUUGACGAGUGUGUACUGUCAAACCGCUCUGUAAAUUGACACGCAGUGAGUGCGUGUCAGUGCGUGUCACUUUUACAGACCGGAGAGAGGUUUUGGAAAGUUUUGGAAAUAUCCUUCACCGACGGUAUUGUGUGACACGCACUCACUGCGUGUCAAGUGCGUGUCACUCUUCACGCCUGUAUUCUCGCCACCAGCGAUUCGGUCGUGCGUGUCACUGCGUGUCACCAGAAUAUAGGUGCAAAAAGUGACACGCACUGACACGCACUAGAUGCGUGUCACUACCAUACCGUGCAGGAGAGAGACAACGCCUGUCGUCUUUUGGUCUUCCCCGAUGGUAUACGGUGACACGCACUGAGUGCGUGUCACUUUUUGCACCUAUAUUCUGGUGACACGCAGUGACACGCAUUGCGGUACGCAAGUGACACGCAGUGUGACACGCACUGCGUGUCACUUGCGUAUCACUUUGCGUGUCAACUGCGUGUCACUUUUUGGACUCAACUGCGUGUCAACUGCGUGUCACUUUUUGGACGUUUUGCUUGUCUGAGCGUGUUCAUUUUUUUGCGCCUUUUCUUCCCGAAUUCGACUGCCUUUUUUUGCGCCACAUUCUGCUUUUUUGAACAACAGAAAAUACGGCUUUUUUCUGUACUUUGGCAGCUCCAAGUUGAAGAAAAAGGCCGCGCUGUAUGUUUUGCUGCAGAAAGUACUCAAGACCGGCGCCCCCGCCCUGCUGGCGGGGGUCGGUUGGCCGGCAUGGGAGAGAGCACGAAGCGCCCGGAAAAGGGAAAAGAGGCCUUUUCCUGAAACUUGGCGGCCCGAAGUUGCAGAAAAAGGCCUCCAAAUGAUUGCCGCGAGCAAGUGCGCGCGCUUGGUCUGGCUUGGCUUCUUUGGCUCGGGCGAUGCUUCCUCGCUAUUGUUGGGCGCGCAGCUGGGCGCGCGGUUGGGUGCAAGCCGGCUUCUUGGCUGCGAUAGCUGCGAAGAAACGAAAAGACGAGCUUUUUCUGCAACUUGGCGGCCCCAACUUGUCGAAAAAGCCUGUCAGCCGAGACCUGUUGAACAAGACCGCUGCGCCUUUUGCUGCUGCCUGGCCGGAGGGGCCCGGUGACCUUCCGCCCUAGGCCCUCGCAUUUGUGCCUGGCCGCUAACUGAGGCCUUUUCUGGCAACUUGCAGCUGGGAACUUGUCCAAUUUGCGCGUCUUCUUUUUGUGUUUCUUGUGUUGGGCUCUGGGGCCAAAAGAAACACUUCGACAGCGCCACUCCCUAUCGCCGCCUGGCGUCCCAUGGCCAUGGUAGUGGACAUUUUGAGCGCGUUUCAGAAGCCACCCAGUUGCUAGGCCGAUUUCCCUCCGACGACGUGAAGUAUUUCCAUUGAACCAGAAAGCAGUAGCACUAGCAUGUGCAAGAACAUGAACAUCUUCAUGUGCUGUGCAUCACCAUUCAUGUGCACUGUCUUGCAAGACAAAAAGUAAAAGCUCCGCAACUCCAAAACACACACAGAUAUACCCGGCUUUAUCCGGCGCAGAAAGACGACGAGGUUUCAACAGAGGAUGGCACAACUACAACCACUUCGGAGAACAACGCCAGUGCAGUUGUUCCUGCCACCCUACUCGACGUCAGUUCCCCUUCGAAGCGUCCCGGUGCGGAGGAAAGGGUUACGAAACUAAUCGACCGACUCCGAAUUCUCGAGCAGCAGCUGACGAAGAACGACUCUUUUCGGAAGUUCUGCGAGCGAAGCAAUGUUGAGGAACUACAAGAGGAGUACCAGUACGCGCUUGCGGUGAGGAGCCCGAAAUCAUCGUCAAGAGGCGGUAGCUCAUCAGUAGCAGCACAACAGCACAGCAGUCAACAUCAAUCUGCUUUACCCGACAAGGACGGUGCAGGUUCGAGUCCCGCCCAAGACGAACUCUCCUCUACCCGCGUUUUGUUCGACGCCAACGACGAGGCUAGUGUGGCGGUAGUGCAAGCAGGAGGCGGCUCGGUAGAACUACAACGCGACCCCGCGGGACAUAGGUAUAGAGCUGGUGGUGCUGAGUACGAAACCGCGGUGAGGCCUAGCGAAAUCACCGACCACGAGGGAAACGUGACCGCGCCGGCGUUGGCAAUGGCGGUGAUACAGCAGAAACCAAGUACAACGCCAGCUUCGGCCUCCAGUACUUGUGCGGGCGUCGAAAAUCCACACGUGAUCGAGAUCAGUGAUCAUGCGGACGCAGCACCACCAGAUCCGGGCUCAUCUGCCGAAAUGCGGCAACUCGCCAUACCAAACAUGAACCAGCUUGCUAUGGCGUUCUCAAACGGCACAUGCUCAACUGUUACAUGAAUUUGUCACGCAAAACUACCGCAAGCCGCGGCCGCCAGAUGAUCUUCAAGCUGCUUCAUCGCAUGACAAAUCUCCGAAAGGCUACUAGACAGCAUCUAAAUCGGUGCCAAAUCUGUGAUGCGAAAGCAGCAAGCCAGCCCCUUCAGCGCUGAUGCUGUUUUUGCGUUCUUGCAAAUUCAUGUAGCAGUUGAGAGUCUAACGCUUGAGAGCGCCAUACCUGCGCCGGAGGAGCAGGAAUUGCGUGAGCUCGAGACCGCGGACUUGGCGAUCGAGCUUCACGAGCAGUGGCUGAGGCCGGAGUUCCAGAAGAAAAUCACGAAGAACGAUUUGGAUGCGUUGCUGCAGAUCUACUUGAACUGCUACGUGCUGGACGAUAAAGACGACCAGUGGAUUUCCAUCGCCGAAGAUUGGGACGACAAUUCCAGCGAAGCCGUCGCGGCCUACGCCCUGCCAGCCGUCGUAAAGCACAGCUCGACCCCAAAUUGUUUCAUCGGCCCGCUGAUGCGCAGGUUCCUGAACGAAAACAACAAAGGGUUUGGGGAUUCCUUCAUCGCCUGUCAGCCAGAAACUUCUGCACUAACUUGUUCUGCGGGUGAGCAAAAUAUAAACAGCAGCAAUCCGGGUGGAUUUUUCAUGACCACGUCUGUUGAGAUCAGAGCGCUGAAGCCGAUAGAAAAAGGCGAGCCCUUGACGGUGGAUUUUGUCGGGUUUCCGGAUUGUUACGCGCCGGUAAAGAGUCAGGAGAAGAGCCAUCUGGAGUUUGAAAAGGAGAAGAAUCCACGCUGGAAAAGCGCUUUGGAGAUCACGAGGUGCUUCACGUGUCCGAGCUGCGGGGCGGACGAAUUCUGCACGCAUAAUGUCGACCCGGCGGAAGUCUGGAAUCACCCGCUCAGCUGUCGAGCGUGCGGACAGAAAGGUAUCGCUUUGAUUUCGUUUUGGUUUUCAUCGUUCGCUCGAGGUUUCUCGUUGCAGCUGAUGCAUUCCAUAGUCAGUACGUAGCUCGUGUCAUCUCAUUGUAUGCGGCAGGAAUUUACAUUUGGUCCUCGAAGAACAAAAUUACGCCAUCACUUCCCCCAAACAUCAAAAAAAAACAGCCACCCCCGAGUUCGCGCAGCGUUGCCGCCAGGCGGAGCAGGAUUUCAUGCGUCGCCAGGGCUGCUCGGCCGCCGACGCAUAUACGCCGGAAGCGCCGAUGUCCAAGCACCACUACAUGGUCUUUGCCGCGUCCUGGUUUUACUUCCACGAGGGGCUGCUAGCGAAUCUGGAAACGGUAAACAAGCAGGACGGGACGAAGAUCUGCGAGGUCAUCCUGGAAUGUCUCGAACGGGUCUACGGGUCGCACCCGGUCAUGCUCAGAUUCGUCUCCUUUCUCCAGUGCCUCCACAACGAGGAUCUAGCGCUACAAAGACAGUUUUUGGACGAGGAGCAGAAGAUCGUCGCGCAGUUUUUUCCGGACGAAGCGGAGAGACUCAACAAAGAAGUGACCAACCUGCUCGAGCGAAACGGUGCGCAAUUUCAGAAGGCAGCGGAAUCGGUCGAGAAGGACCCCAAUGCGCAAGAGGAGGAGAAAGCGGCGCUGGCCAUCGAGAAUGAGAAUUGAAAGUGGACCACGAGGAAAGUUUUUGAAAAAAACACGCACGCAAUCUCAAAAUUCUCUCUGCAUGAUGAUCUGAAUUCACGUCGUCCGACUCCGACAACGCAUGCAACGCAAAUUGACAGACUUGUUCUUGUAAAAAGUACACUUCAAGAGCGCCUGCGUUUGCGAGAUAAAGUGCGCGAGUAAGGAGCAGAUACAAGAUCGGUUGAA